GAACAUAAAUUAUGUAAUUAUGUAAUAGCAAUUAAGUGGCAGUUUACCAACUUUGUUGGUUUUUAUACAAAUUACAAUGCAUUUCUUAACUGUUUUACAUUGAUCAUUUAAUCAAAACUUCCUGUUAAUUUCAAUCCAGCCUGAACACUUUGUGAUCAAAACUAUAUUAAAAUGACGGUUUAAAAAAAAUUUUUGCUGCAUUUUAAUUGAUUUGAAUGCCAGACACUUUUUGAAAAUCAAGUAAUGAGAAAAUUUUUUUUUUUCUUUUUGUCAGAAAAAAAAUGGAUAUGUUAAUUUUUCUUCUCAUAUUUCAUAUGCUUGGAAAUAUCAAUGGGAAAGAUUCGACUGAUUUAAGUGAAAAUGUCAUCAAUCUUCAACAAAGAUGCCAACAAUCAGGUUUCAUGCUGAGGUGUAAUUAUUUACCGAAAGAAAUACCAGAGAACGUCACAGGUGUAUAUAUUGAAGAUAACUAUAAUGACAUUGAAUGUGAUCGUGAAACCUUUCACUCUAAUACAUGGACUCUCGUGAAGAAUUUAGAAAUUAAAACUACAAGCCUUUCUUUAAAAAUUAUUCCAUAUCUUGCUCUACAUUCAAAAUGUUUCUACUCAUUAGUACAGUUACAGGAGCUUCAUCUACAAUCGGACAAUAUUUAUAUCUCAGAAACGGCAUUUGAGGGUUUGGAUAAACUGCGGCUUCUAGAUUUUACUGGAUGCUCAAGGCUUAGUAUAGUGUCAUUAAAAACAGCUCUGUGGGGAAGGAACAAAGUACCAAACUUAACAACAAUAAAUUUGUCUCAAGCCAGUACUUCCAUGGACCCAGAGUAUCUUCAAUUCGAUUCUGAAUUAUUUCAUGUUUUAUUUCAAAAGCCUAUUACGAAGAUUGAUGCCAACACAGCUCAAGUAAGCGUAUUUAACUUUACUGAAAUGUUCACAGUAUCAACAGGUUUAAAAUAUCUGAACAUUUCCGAUACUAUAAUCAGUAAUGCCAAUAUAAAUGGAUUGACAAGUCAAAACUGUAAAACCAAGUUAACAUCAGUGGACUUAAGUUACGCUAAACUACCAGCUGAUUUUGUCUAUCCAGGAAAAAUACAUUUGUCAUAUAUAUCAAUUUCAUCAGAUAUUCUAGGUAAUGGUAUUUUAACAGCAUUGCUGUCCACAAAGAUAUUAAACAUUAGUGGAAUUUACACAGAAAGAAAUUUGCUUUGGAUAGAAAAUGUCACUUUCAUUAUUCUGAAGCCUCUCAUAUGGACAACUGAAGAGUUAAUUGCGAAUGAAAUGAACUUAGGAAGACUUGACUUCCGAGUGGUAUCUGGCAACUUUUCAGUUCAAACUCUUAAGAAGCUAGCCCUGAAUAAUAACCUGAUAGACUUUGUGCAUCCAAGUUUUCUAGCAAUAUUUCCAAAUUUGAAAACUGUUGAAGUUUCAGGAAAUAAACUACAUCAAAUGGCAAAAGAGAACCGUUCAGAUUUCGAAACACUUUUAAGUCCUCUCCAUCUUUUAAAAGAAGUCCAUUUGUCGAACAAUGGGCUUAAAGAAAUACCAGUAACAUUUUUUCAAAACAACAUCAAUGUUGAAACAAUUGACCUAUCUAAGAAUAACUUGGAACAGGUGAACUUCGACCUGAAAAACUUAGUUCAUUUAAGAGUGUUGAAUCUUGAAGGAAACAACAUUGUGCGACUAAAUGAAAACUCACUGAACAACCUAAAUAUACUCAUUCAUCAAAGUGACCCAAAAUUACAUAUCAAUCUAAGAUCCAAUCCUUUAUCCUGCAGUACUUGCCAAGACAAAGCUUCUAUCAAAUGGUUUUGGAGAGCCAUUAAAACAAAAAUAACCAAUCAAAAACUUCAAUGUCGCAACAAAGAUGGACAACAAGAAUUUAUCGAUGUUCAAAUCUUACAAAACAUACAAAGAAUAUGUCAAAGAAAAGUGAUCAUCUUAGCAUCCUCACUGACAACUGGCUUUUUCUUACUGGUUAUACUAAUUAUUUCAAUUAUAGUAUACAAGAAAAGAAAAACAAUGAAAAAACUCAAACACAGGAACACAGUUCUCAAAAACCUGCGAGUCGGAGAAAACAUGUACGAAUAUGUGGCAUUUCUUGGAUACAGUAGUGAUGAUGAAAGAUUUGUAAAUGCGAAUGUAUUGAAACAAAUGAACCAAACACUUCAACAAAUCACCGGAAUUAAUCGUGACCUUGUGUGUACAGGUGAUCGGUGCUUUCAUCCCGGGCAAAUGAUUCACAAUGAAAUCGCCUCAAGCUUAGACAGGAUUUGUACAAUGGUUAUCAUGGUAACAGAUUCCUACUGUACAAGUAUGUAUUGUCGAAGUGAAUUUGAUCAAGCCCUCCUUCAUGGAAAACCAAUCAUUCUAAUGCUGUGUGGUAAAGUCAACUUGGAUUUGAUGCCCCUAGCUAUGAAGCAACUUUACCGCAGGAAUGCCCGAAUAUUAUGGACGGAGGAGAACGGGGAAUAUGUUUUGAAAACAACAUGGGAAAAUGUCUGUUUGUCAAUUCUUGAUCUCGUUAAAUAAAAGAGGAAAAAAACUAAUUGCCACGAUGGCAAACAUAGAGAUAUAAAAAAAAAACACUUUUUAUUUGAAAGAUGAAACAAAAUGCCAAAGCUGGCCAAUAAAUAAUGGUUUCAGACCACCAAAGAGAUCAAAUUAAAAAAAAAAAAAAAGAAUUAUCAAAGAAUGAAUGAAAUUAAAAAAUUUGCAUUAGAGUCAGCUAUCGAUGACAUUUUGCGUGACAGAUUUAUUCAGGCUUCUGAUUUCCUAUUAUUGUUAUGAUCAAUUUGUUACAAACAUAUAAAGCUGUCUAUAGUUGUGACACAUAUAACGCAUGUCAGUAGAGCUUUAAGUUAGAAAAUAUUGACAUGCUAAAGUCUAAAUUCUGAAAACUUGUAUAACUUAGUAGUUUGCAACCCACGCUUUUUAAUGGAAUACACAUUAUUAUUCACUGGGCACUAAUUGUCCUGUUUGGUUCAAUCCACAAAUUUAAGAUCCAAUGAAAUCUUAUUUCGUCUGCUGUACAAUUUAAUCAUGUUAUUUGCAUUUUACUUGAAUUAUGUGUGCACAAACAGACACUCCAUAAUUUAAGAUCUUUUUUUGACAAAACCAUGAAAAUUCAUGCCCUGCAAUUUAAAUGAAUUUUCAAGUAGAUUUAGUUUGACAAUAUUGUUAUAUUAUGGCAGAUUGAGUUUAUUGGUUGAUUUGAGCCGUGUCACGACAAAACUAACAUAAUGGGUUUGCGACCAGCAUGGAUCCAGACCAGCCUGCGCAUCCACGCAGUCUGAUCAGGAUCCAUGCUGUUCGCUUACAAACCCUAUAGCAAGUAGAUAAACUGAUAGCGAACAGCAUGGAUCCUGGUCAGACUGUGCGGAUGUGCAGGUUGGUCUGGAUCCAUGCUGGUAGCAAUCGCACUAUGUUGGUUUUGUCGUGAUGCGGCUCAUUUAUGUUUUGUACAAAAAUUAUGUUUAUCAGGAGAUGCUUUGCUGUAAGCAUUGAAUUGGUGGUUUUAAUUUAUGAGUUUCUUUUGAAAUAAAAUAUGAAGAUGCAGGAGACAAUUUCUUCAUGAAUGAAUUUAGUAUGCAAGUUGUACAAUUAUUUAGUUUGCAUGUUUAGGCAUUUUAUCACUGAUACUUAAAAGUUUUUAUAGAUUUGCAGAUUUGAUUUCGUUAAAACUGUUUUGUUUGAACUAUCUUUAAGAGCAGGCCAACUGUCAAUAACUAUUGUGGAACGAUAGUUGUAAAAAAAAAAAGAUGACUGUAUAAUAAUUGCGUGGAUGUAAGUUUGUUUUGGGUGUAAAUAAUGAUCAAACAAGUUUGAUAUCAUGUGACGUUUGUCAUACAUGUAUAUACCAAGGUUACAUGAAUAUUAAAUGAUAAGAUUAUUUUCCUCCACGCUUACACUUACAAAUAACAAUUCAAUAUGAUUGCACAUUAGUUGUUAUUUUCUUCUUUUUGUUUGUUGUGCUAUUAUUACUCAUUUGUAAUUAUGCAUUGAAAGUAACUAGUGUACUGAUAUGUGUUGUUACUGAGCAUAUGCUGGAAAUAAAUUCACAUCAGUCUUUGACUUUCUUUUCAAUCCUGUAUUAUAUCAUGCUUUUGUAUCAUAAUUGUAUAUGAUUGAACUUUAUAAAAUAAAUACUGU